AUGGAUCUGCGUGUGAUUAAAAAGCGCAUCGUAGAGCUGAUUCCUCCGCCAGCAUUGGCUCUCUGCUCGAAUCCCACCAUUGCCCCCUCCACCGAGAUCACCUUCUGCAGGCAUGGCCUGCAGCACAGACUCGAUCAGUGCCCAGCCUACUCACCCCUCACCGGCGUUCCCGAUCUGGCCCAGUUCGGCCUGACUGGGGCUCGAACUCUCGCCCCGGGAACGCGUCAUCUCUUUCCGCCCCUCUUCCAGACCACCCGACUGGUACCGGGCCCCCAGAUACACGACUCCUUCUCCCUCACCCUAAAGCCGCAAUCGUAUGCGUCGCCAUAUUCAUUUGCCCACUUCACCUCCGCCCCCGACAGGCUGGAUUGCUUGGCUCGGCCAAAGGCCGUUGAGUCGUCCAUCAAGUUUCCAAAUCUGCCAACAGGUCUUGAGACAUGCCGCUCGGCCGUCCUGAAAGAAGAUUCACCCUCCAGCCCUCGGUUCUCUGGCCAGUUCUGCUCGCCCCCCCUGCACCACGCCUCAGUUGCACCCUGCGCCAAGAGGCCGAGAGACUGCGGGGCUCGAGCUCGGACCUCGGCCAGUUGUAGAGGUUCGGAUCCUCGAAGACGCCACAAACAACGUCGUGUUGGAGCCCUCGCGAGACAGAACCGUUCCGAGGCUCGAGACACGAUGGAGGAUUCCGAACGCUUUCGGUCCCCCAUCAAUGGAGUCUGCAUUCUUCCGCCCACCUGGAAAGGCUCCCUUUCAUCCGCCUCCCGAGCACUUUCUCUGGCGGCAAGCCCAGCCCCAGAAAUGACCCUCAGGGCAGCGGGCAAGAGUCCGUCCAGACUCGAGCUGGCCUCCAUUUGUACCCUCAGCUGCACCGUGAAUGCUGCCAACAGCAGCUCAUCAAUGCCCAAUGAGUCCGCUGCUGGGUUCGCUCCAGUCGUCAGUUCCGAAGCACUUGCUGCUCUGGCCAGAAUUGAGAACAAGCUUGGCGACUAUGUUUGCAGGUUGUGUGAAGUUUGGUAUCCAGACGCUUUCCAAUUGGCCGGACACAAGUGCCCGAGGAUGGCCUUGCUGGCUUAUCCGUGCGCAUAUUGUGACAAGGUGAGUAUCUGUAAAAAAAAACGUACGCGGUUGUCAUUGCAAUUGACAGAUACGUGGUCAAUGGAGCUCUGGAAAAGUGAUACUCGGUCCGGUUGUGAAUAG